AUGGCUGCACCCCCGGGGGCCCUGCCAGGGACUCUGGGGCCCACAGGGACUCUCCCAGGUUCUCUUGCGCCCCUAGCGGCUCCGCCAAAGGCUCACUCAGGGACGACAGCGCCUACACGGGUCUCUCAAGGGGACGGCGGCGCCCCCAAGGGCAAUGUUAGGGGCGGUAGCGCCCCCAUGGGACCUGCCAGGAGCGCUAGUACCCCCAGGGGACCUGCUAGGCACAGCAGAGCUAACAGGGGCCCUAAUUGGGACGGUGACGCCCCCAGGUGCUCUCCUAGGGACAACGGCGCCCACAGGUGCCCUCCCAGAGAUGUCGGCGCCUUCAGGGGCCCUCCCAAGGUUGCUGGUGCCCUCAGGGGCCCUGCCAGGGACAGGGACAGCAUCGCCCCCAGGGAAAGGCUAUGGGCGUUGGUGCACCCCAGGUACACUACCAAGGGCUCACUCAGGGACGCCAGCGCGCCCAGGGGUCCUGCUGGGGGUGGUGGCGCCCCUAGGAGCCCUGCCAAGAGCAGUGGGUCCCACGGGGGCCCUGUCGGGGCGGUGGAGUUCUCCAGGGACUUUCCCAGGGGAGCUGGCGCCCUCAGGGGAUCUCACGGGGACAGUGGCAGCACCCCAGGUGGUUUGUCAUGGGUGGUGGCGCACCCAGGGGCCCUCCCAAUGGUGGCAGCACCCCCGGAGGCCCUGCCAGGGACUCUGGCUCCCCAAGGGACUCUCCCAGGUUCUCUUGCGCCCCUAGCGGCUCCGCCAGGUGCUCACUCAGGGACGACAGCGCCUACACGGGUCUCUCAAGGGGACGGCUGCGCCCCCAAGGGCAAUGUUAGGGGCGGUAACGCCCCCAGGGGACCUGCCAGGAGCGCUAGUACCCCUAGGGGGCCUGCUAGGCACAGCAGAGCUAACAGGGGCCCUGAUUGGUGUAAUAACGACCUCAGGGGCACUGCUAGAGGCGCUGGUGCCACCAGGGGUUCUCCCUUGGACAACUGCGCCCAAAAAAUCCAUCCCAGGGGUGGUGGCGCCCCCAGGGUGCCUACCAAAGAUAUCGUCUCUCCCAGGGCCCUAGCCAGGAAAGUGACGUCCCCAGGGACCUUGUCAGGGGCUGUAGCGUCCCCAGGAACCCUGCCAAGGGUGAUCGCGCCCUCAGGUGCUCUCCCAGGGCAUUGCCAGAGGCCGUGGCGCCCACAGGGCCCCCGCCAGGGACAGCAGAGCUUCAACGGGCCCUGUAAGACGUAG